AUGGAGAAGCCCGAAGAUCUUCCUAAGAUGGAGUACCGUUUCCUGGGCCGGUCCGGUCUCAAGGUCUCGGCCAUCUCGCUCGGCGGCUGGCUCACGUACGGCGGCCAUGUCGACCGAGAGGGCACAUUUGCGUGCAUGAAGGCCGCCUACGACUGCGGCGUCAACUUCUUCGACUGCGCCGAAGCCUAUGCGGCCGGCGAAUCCGAGAUUGUCAUGGGCGAGGCCAUCAAGAAGUACGGCUGGAAGCGCAACGACCUCGUCAUCUCCACCAAGAUCUACUGGGGCUCGCACAACGGCGACAACCGGGCAAACAACGUGGGCCUGUCGCGCAAGCACAUUGUCGAGGGCACCGAGGCGUCCCUGGAGCGUCUGCAGCUCAAGUACGUCGACCUACUAUACGCGCACCGGCCGGACCGGCAGACGCCCAUGGAGGAGACGGUGCGGGCGUUCAACCACAUGAUCGACCAGGGCAAGGCGCUGUACUGGGGCACGUCGGAGUGGAACGCCGACGAGAUCGCACAGGCAUGGCGCGUGGCCGACCGGCUCGGGCUAGUCGGCCCGCUCAUGGAGCAGCCGUGCUACAACAUGCUGGAGCGCGUCAAGGUCGAGCAGGAGUUUGCGCACCUGUACCGCGAGCUCGGGCUCGGCCUGACCGUCUUCUCGCCGCUCAAGCAGGGCAUCCUGUCGGGCAAGUACAAGGACGGCAUCCCCGACGACUCGCGCUUCGCCCAGCAGCAGGUCGAGUUCAUCGCCGGCUACUGGAAACGCACCGGCAGGGAGGCGUGGGAGGACCAGAUCGAGCGCGCAAACAGGCUCGCGCCCGUCGCCGAGAGGCUGGGCGUCAAGCAGAGCGCCCUGGCCCUCGCCUGGGUGCUCAAGAACCCCAACAUCAGCUCCGCCAUCACGGGCGCGAGCUCCCCGGCGCAGGUCUACGAGAACAUCAAGGCCCUCGACGUCCUCGAGAAGCUCACCCCCGCCGUCAUGGAGGAGAUCGACUUUAUCCUCGAGAACAAGCCCCCCGCGCCCAUCGCGAGGUACUAG